AUGGCAAAGAUCAGUAGAGAGAAUAAACCUUACUGAAAAUGCACGUUAAAGCAGAGAACCCAAACUCCAAAACCCCCAAAAUACAAAACUGAACGUCUUAUUCGCUUCUUCUCAUAUAACAGCCACCACCUUAGCCUCGAGCUUUUCUCUUCUCUUCUCUUCGUUGUUCCUCUCUUACAUACAAAUAAUAAAGAACUUUUACAAACAGUGAGGAGAGCCCCUAAAACCUUAAUAACUACGAAAAUCAGACCAUGUACAGAGCUGCUCUUUCACGUUUCAGGGCUCUCAAGGGCCGCUCUGUGAAUUUGGCAGCCGUCAGAUAUGCAACUUCAAGUGCUGUUGUUCCUUUGGACACACCAUUAGAAAGUGUUUCCCUUCCACCCCCCUUACCUGAUUAUGUUGCACCUAGUGAAACUAAGGUCAAAACUCUAUCUAAUGGUGUGAAAAUAGCCUCAGAGCAACUACCGACUCCUGCUGCUUCCAUUGGCUUAUUCAUUAAUUGUGGUUCCAUUUAUGAGACACCAAUAUCAUCCGGUGCCUCCCACUUGCUGGAGCGAAUGGCAUUCAAGAGCACAAAAAACCGCAGCCACUUGCAUAUUGUUAGGGAAGUUGAGGCAAUUGGAGGUAACACAUCGACCUCAGCCUCUAGGGAGUGCAUGGCAUACACCUUUGAUGCCCUUAAGACCUAUGUUCCUGAAAUGGUAGAAUUGCUUAUUGACUGUGUUAGGAACCCUACUUUUUUGGAUUGGGAAGUUAAUGAAGAGUUGCAAAAGGUGAAAGCUGAGUUAGAGGAAGUUUCGAAAAAUCCUGAGCGCAUAAUCUUGGAGGCUGUUCAUUCCACUGGUUAUUCUGGUGCACUGGCAAAUCCUCUCUUGGUUCCUGAAUCAGCACUAGACAGAUUGGACGGUAGCAUUUUGGAAGAGUUCAUUACUGAGAAUUAUACAGGGAAUAGAAUGGUCCUGGCUGCAUCUGGCGUUGAGCACGAAGAGCUUUUACAGAUUGCUGAGCCACUUCUUUCUGACCUCCCAGCAGGACCUUACCCUGAGGAACCAAAAUCUGUUUAUGUUGGUGGUGAUUUUCGUCGACAAGCUGAUUCACCAAGUACCCAUUUUGCUCUUGCCUUUGAAGUACCAGGUGGCUGGAAUAAUGAGAAAGACUCUGUCACUCUGACUGUAAUGCAGAUGCUUAUGGGGGGAGGUAGCUCAUUUUCAGCUGGGGGUCCAGGGAAAGGAAUGCACUCUCGGCUAUAUCUCUGUGUAUUGAAUGAGUAUCAGCAGAUUCAUUCUUUUUCCGCAUUCAACAGCAUUUUCAAUAAUACUGGAUUGUUUGGCAUCUAUGGUAGCACGAGCUCUGAUUUUGUGUCAAAAGCAGUUGACAUAGCAGCAGAAGAAUUAAUUUUAUUGGCAAGAGAAGGAGCAGUUUUUGAACCCAUCUUGGUGGCAGUUUCUCAUAUAAUGAUAAAGCGUGCACAACAGGCCACAAAAUCUGCCGUACUAAUGAAUCUAGAAUCUAGAACGAUUGUGGCAGAAGAUAUCGGAAGGCAGAUUUUGACAUAUGGAGAAAGGAAAUCCAUACAGUCGUUUUUAAAGAUGGUAGAUGAAGUAACUCCGCACGAUAUUACUGAUCUGGCUGGGAAGAUUAUAUCGUCGCCUCUAACUAUGGCAUCUUAUGGUGAUGUUGUUAAUGUCCCCAACUAUGAAUCUGUUAGCAGCAAGUUUCGUGCAAAAGGAGUGUACCCAUGAAUUCUGAACCAGUGAUAGAGUUUACAAUGGUGGCAAUCAUGGCAGCCAUCCCCACUGAUAAACUUUUUGCCAGUCACUGAAAUUUCAUUAGCAUCUCAGUUUAAAUUUGAUUAUUGGGUUGCGUUAAGUGCAGCUUCAGUGUGGAUUUUUGAAAUGUUUAAGUUCGAACCCAACAUUGUUAGGCUCAGUCCGUCCAUAAAGACCCAAAUGGACCCAUCAUCUUAUACAAAUAUACAAAAGCCAAAACUAUUUUAAUAUGGAUGAUCUAACAUUUUAACAUAUGAAUGGUCUUUA